AUGUCACUCCCUCGAGUUUCAUACUUGGAAUCGUGGGAAACCAAUCCAGCAUCAGCCCGACGUCUUCAAGACCGUGAACAGAGCCCUAGGCGCGGUGCUUACCGUGAGGAUGACGAAGAAUCGUAUCACGAUCUCCCGGACGCUUCGGUAGCGUCCUCAUUUCCGUCCACCACUGAUCUUCGCUCCUCGCGGCAUCGCCUGAACUUCAACCCAUACGGCGGCUUGGGCUGGACUCAGGCUGUAAGGGACAGCGCGGAUGAUGAAGUUAACCCUAUCCCAAGAGCUGCGUCUCUUGUUUCGAGACAUAGCCAGGCCGAACGAGCGGCGGAAGCGGCACAAGCAAGGCAAUCCGCCGAGUUGGACCCUGAUAGCUGGGGGCAUUUAGAGACGACUGGCGCUUUUGAGGUCAGCAGUGUAAAGCGAGUUGUCCAGGUGGCUGUUGCCGUGGUAUACUGUUUCUUUGCCGCGGGAAUAGUGUUCGGGUUCGCAGCGAUCAAACCUGUGUUCAUUAGCGAAGGGGUUUACAAUCAAUAUUGUUUGGAUGAAGAGGACAUCUGCUAUCGGCAGGAACUCAGUCUCAACCUCAUGUUCACGAUCGCGGCCGUAGCCACAAAUGUAUCUGCGCUCCCAGUAGGGACUAUUCUAGACACGUAUGGCCCACGAGUUUGCGGCAUUGUUGGAAGUGCUCUACUGUUCAUCGGAGCUCUUCUUCUCGCCCUGGCAAACCGCCUGCCGUUCGACGCCUACGUCCCUGGUUACCUACUGUUAGCAUUGGGAGGCCCCUUCAUUUUCAUUUCAUCUUUCCAGCUUUCAAACACUUUCCCAGCGCGCUCCGGGCUGAUCCUUUCUGCCCUGACGGGUGCUUUUGAUGCCUCCAGUGCUCUGUUCUUGAUCUUUCGGAUUAUAAAUGAGAAGACAGAUGGCGGCUUCUCGUCUCAAAAAUUCUUCCUGAUUUACCUUGUGGUCCCUGUACUAAUAAUAAUCGCACAGUUUUCGGUCAUGCCGAAAACCUCAUACAAAACCGCUGGAGAACUUGUCCAACAGGCGGAAGAUCACAUUAUCGCGGAGGUGACGGAUCGGGUUGACGACCACAUCCUCGACCGCGACGAGGGCGAGAGACAGCGAAAUGAUCGCCGGAUGCAUCGACAAGACAUUGUGAGCAAGAUCCAGGACCUUCUCGCCGAUGAUGACAACGCAUCUACGGUGAAUGAUCUUGGCUUGGCACUACAUGACGGCCGGGACGUCAACGAGAGCGAGAUCAACCACACUGAGCCAAAGCCGGAUGUCCCGAAAAAGCACACCACUGGCGGCGUCUGGGGUGCAAUGCAUGGAUACUCUGCCAUUGAACAGAUCCGCUCCCCAUGGUUCAUUCUCAUCACCGUAUUCACUGUACUGCAAAUGCUACGCAUCAACUACUUUGUCGCAUCGAUCAGACAGCAAUAUGAAUGGUUACUCGGCUCGGUUGAAGACGCGAGGCAUAUUAACGAGAUAUUCGAUUUCCUACUGCCUCUUGGUGGCCUUUGUUCCGUUCCAUUUAUUGGAACCGUUUUGGACACGGCCAGUACACCCUUCGUUCUCUUCGUCCUGGCGGCAAUUGCAACCUUGAUCGGUGGGCUAGGCUGCAUUCCCAACAGUUAUCUUGCAGCUUACGCCAAUAUAAUACUAUUCGUCAUCUACCGACCGUUCUACUAUACGGCGGUGUCCGACUACGCCGCCAAGGUGUUUGGAUUCCACACCUUCGGCAAGGUCUACGGGUUGAUCAUCUGCGUUGCAGGCUUAGGCAACUUUUCCCAGGCAGGCCUCGACGCGCUGACAUUUACCGUCUUCGAUCGUAAUCCGAUACCAGUUAACCUCAUCCUGACUGGCCUCACGGCCGUGGCCGGGUUCACGCUCAUGAUAUUCGUGGGGCGCAAGGCGGCCGUCAUGGCGGCCAACGAAUCCGGACCUGGUCCAGCGCAGGUAGAAACUUCCACCUUAACUCCGAGCUACAAUGGCGUUGCGACGCAAGAUUGGGAACGGCAACCUCUUCUUUCGCCGCGCUCGAUACCCGCCCGGCCACGGCCGCAGUCGCCUACAUACGGGAGCGUGAGGUCUCGUUGA